AUGGCUUCAUCGGCGUCGCUGAAGGACCUCUCAAAGGCGAUCGUUGCCUACCUCUCGCAGCCAACCCCUUCUCUUCCCGACGACUUAGUACAGACCAUCGACUCCUACCUCCGCCGACACCAGAAGCAAGAUGACGCUGCAGCCGAUCGUCUGCAGGAGGAGCUGUUCUCCGUCUUUGACAAGCACGUCAAGGAUAGGCCUACCGCUUUUGCACCCUUCUUGAUCCUCCUUCGGCAGUUUCUGCCUGUACUUCGGACUCCCGAGCGCAUCUUUGCAUGGUGGGAUUCUUGUUCCGCACUUCUGUCCAAGUCCUCUCCUGAAAAGGGUGUCGUGGAAGAAUCACUAGCCAACAUCAUGGAAAUCAUCGCCGUUGCGGAAGAGGAUCAUGAUGUAUCUGAGGCUGACCUUGCUUCCAACCCGCUUAUCGAUCGGUUGUUCACAGGAUGGAUGGAGAAAUUAUACCCCUCAGUAUCUGAAGCUCUAACACACCUGGAACCAAACGAAAGAAUAACGCGGGAAGCUCUCGUGCAGUUUGGAAAGAAGCACCCCAAGGUUAGUCAUACCCAAUACCAUACUCGUAGCCUAGCUGACUUGAGCAAGGAACUGUUUACAGCUCUGGACCGUUACUUUGUCAAGAAACAAUACCGCAAAGCUGUCUUGCGGUUCUUGGGUGACUACCUUCAGAGCCAACCCCCUCAUCUCCAUCAAAUCUUACAAACCCCUCUAUUUGCCGAUAUAAUGAAGUGUCUGCAACAGGACAGCUCGACAACUAUUGUGUCAGCUGCACUAACAGUUCUUACGAUGCUUCUGCCUCAAAUGCCCAGUUCGCUCGUUCCACAUCUGCCUACGCUAUUCAAUAUUUAUGCCAGGUUGCUAUUUUGGUCACGAGAGCAAGCUGGAAUAAUUGAGCCCCAACCAGAGGAUGCAGAUUCGACUGGCUGGGAGAAAUGUGGUUACGAAGCUGAGGUCGAUGACCACCCUAUAUAUCAUCUUCUCAGCUACUAUACUAUCCUCUAUGGUCUAUAUCCCAUCAAUUUCAUGGACUAUAUCCGCAAGCCCCAGAGAUAUUUACGCCACGCCAACGUGGCCAAUGCUAACGACAUGGAAGUACAACCAACAGAGAUUCGGGACCAGUCAGAAAGGUUUCGUCGGUGUCAUUUGCUACACCCCAACUUCUUCACUCUUACAAUCGAUUCAGAAAAGACAGAUUUUGGUCGUUGGAUAAAAAGCGAGGCAUCAGAGGUUGUUGCUGAGUGCAUGGCGUUGUGCAUUCUGUCAGAAUCAGAUCCAUCUGUAGGCCACAAUUUGUCCACUCCAGAGGCUUGUCCAUCGAACGAGGACCAUACCAGAGAACUCCAGGAUCCAUCAAACCCUAAGACAACAGCUGAGGCUACUGGUGGUUAUCGUUUGCCCACAUCUGCAAGUAUGGAGUCUAUCGCGAGUAGUCGUCGGCCUUCUGCUCUAAUUCGACGGGGAUCUCAGUCCAGCCUCCCCUCUACUCGAGACUCCAUAGAUGCCAGGAUACGAGAGCCGAGUGUCGAUAGUCCAACCCUGGGACCUCAUCUUAUCCAGUCAUCAUCUCAUACACAGCUGCAAGAUAUGAUCCAGUCGAAUAAAGCUAUCAAAUCCGGUCUGCAUCAGUCUUUGGCCAACGACAGUGUCCCAUCGCUUUCACUCAGUAACCAAGACUCCAUUGCAGACCGACUCGGCCCAUCGCUGUCGGGCGCACCCCCAAAUAUUAGCACUCCUCUCUCUUUGACCGAGACGAAUACGCAAGUAUCUCAUCUACAGCGUCAGAUUCUGUUGCUUCAGAACGAUCUCAACUUCGAAAGAUAUCUGAAGCAGCAGCAUAUGGCACAUAUUGGUGACUUGCGAAGGCGCCACAUGGAAGAGGCGGUAACUGAAGCGGAAACUCAGAAUCUCUUGAUCACGAAUCGCAAUCUGAAGCAUCGAUUCGAAGAAGCCAAGAAGGCCGAAAUGCAGGUCCGGAGGGACUCGGAAAAGAGCCGUGCCCUGGCGAAGAAGUGGGAGGCCGAUCUUUCUACCAAGCUUAAGAAGCUGCGUGACGAAUCGAAGAAACUCAAGUCAGACUAUGAAACUCUUCAAAAGGAGCUGGAGAAUUCAACGGCAGAACGUGACAAGUUGCGCGUGCUCCUGUGUGAGGCUGAGGUUAAGGAGGUGAAUUGGAAGCAGAACAUGCAGUCGAUCGAGCUUCACAGCGCUGAGAUUGACCGGUUAAAGAGCGAAGUGGCCAGGCUUACAAUAGUAGAGCGUGAUUACCAGGCCAAGGAACUAGAGCAACAGCGAGCAAUCGCUGCUGCUGCAGGAGCUGAGAGUAAGGUUGAGGAAUUGAAUCUGCAACUCGCUAGUCGCGAAGGCGAAAUAGAGCGUACCCGGAAGUUGUUUCAGGGUCAAAUCGCAGCACUCCAAACAAAGCUAUCUGAGGCCCUAGAGGAUUUUAGGACUCGACCAACUCGAGGUGGAAAGGAGGCGAUCGAGUCAAUGCUCGCAGCAAGCCGAGAGAAACAGGCCGAGCUACAAAGACAGUGCGAUCUUCUGACUCGCAAGUACACGGCGCUACAAUCAUCUCUUCUGGAUAUGAAGACAGAGAUAAAGCCCAGUCACCUCAGGAUCGAGACAUCAAACAUGUCGGAAGCUGAGCAGGGGUCUUUUUCUGUAUCAACAAGCCCAGUGAUGAUGAAGACGAGACCGCCCCGCGUUCUAUCGAAUCCUGAUGCUGGAGAAGGCGCUGCCUUCAACGUGACGCCGCCUCUGGGCCACAGGCCCGAGGGUGCAAUAUCGCCAAAAUCCGGGGGUUGGGCGCAUCCUCCCGGGUCACCGGAUACUUCGUCUCUGUCAAUGAGUCCAGAUACUCUACGUUUUGGACGCGGAGAAGCAGGACGGUUACUUGCGAGAAGUCACUCGGACCUGUUUGCUAGUGCAACGCAGAACCGACUCCGAAAGGAGUCCAAGGACAAGGGAAAGGACGAAGCGAGUGCCAAGAAGGAUAAGAAGCCGUCGGCGUUGAGAGGAAUUCGAGGAUUUAUGUAUGAAUGA